CCAGUUGGUUGCUGCUAGGCAAGUAGAAUGGGGGAAGUAAGGAUAUCUCGAUGGUACUUUGGAGGCCUUGCCUCCGCUGGUGCAGCAUGUGUAACCCAUCCCUUGGAUUUAUUGAAAGUACAAAUGCAGACCCAAAAAGGAAACAACGUCUCUAUAUUGAAACUCACCCAAAUAGUUUUGAAAAAUCAAGGUAUAAUGGGAUUGUAUAAUGGAAUAUCAGCAUCUCUUUUACGUCAGCUUACAUAUUCAACAGCAAGGUUUGGUAUUUAUGAAGUAGCAAAACAAACUUUGGCACCUAAAGAUGGUGUGCCUAUUCCGUUCUAUAUGUCGGCUUUAUUAGCUGGUCUUGGCGGUUUUGCUGGUGGUUUUGUUGGUAAUCCAGCUGACUUAGUCAAUGUGAGGAUGCAAAAUGAUGUGAAACUUCCCCCAGACCAAAGAAGAAAUUACAAAAACGCAAUUCAUGGUUUGUAUCGAGUUGCGGUAAAAGAGGGAGUCAUGCGUUUAUGGGCUGGUGCAUCAAUGACUUGCAGCCGAGCCGCAUUGAUGACUAUAGGACAACUCUCUUUCUACGAUUUAAUAAAGAGCUUCCUCACUACCACACCAUACUUUGGUGAUAAUGUUUCAACACAUGUUACUUCAAGUCUAUUAGCUGGUGCAAUAGCAACAACAAUGACACAACCUGUAGAUGUACUUAAGACUAGAGCAAUGAAUGCCAAGCCAGGUGAAAUUAAAGGUAUACUAAGUUUAAUAAUGGGAACGGCUAGAGAAGGGCCCCUUGCAUUCUUCAAAGGAUACAUUCCAGCAUUUGUGAGAUUAGCACCGCACACUGUACUGACAUUUGUAUUCCUCGAACAACUUAGAAUUAACUUUGGAUUUCUCAAAGUACAAAAAGUAGAAUAGAGGCCAAAGAACUUUUCAAAUAAAAUAUUGACUAUUAGAAUUCAGAUUUGUAGAAAAUAUAAAUAACAAAUAGAUACUUUUAACAGUAUCUUCAGUUUUGACAUAUAUUGAAUGUUGUAUGGCCUUAUUUGUGUUCAAAGUCAUGUUCCUAAUAGGGGAAUUCAACGUUUUCCGUCUAGUAUAAUGUAUAGUGUUUACAAUGUACACUUGACAAUAUUUUAUGCCAACUUUACCAUUAUUAUUUAUUUUUACACUUUUGACGAAAUAUAAAAUAGAUUUAUCUUAAAUGUUAAAUUAUGACUUGUAUUCUAUACAAACAGUUCAUAAAAUUCUGUUAAAAAAAAUGUAUCGGUUGAACGUUUUAUCUAUACAUAUAAAUCAUUGUCUCUAAAAAUCGUCACAAUGUUCAAUCAAGAUUAUUAUCGUAUUUAUGGUCUAAUUAUUCGUAAAAUAGUUCAAAUAUAGCACAUAUAUUUAUAACUUAGAGUAGUAAUUAAGUUACCAGUGAAUAAUUUCUUCUUGUGAUCUGGAUGCUGUGGUGAUAAUUUAUUAUUGUGUGUACAAUUUGUCUCGAAGACGUAGGAUACAUUGUAUCAUGUUGACUGUGUUUAUAAUUUAUAUUUUUACAUUAUACAUGCAAUGGCACAAAUAUUUAUUCGCAUAUAAUUUAAGUUUAAGCUUGAUAGAUUUAGUUGCAUUUAAUUAUAUUAUAGUUUUUCAAAUGGUUAGACAUGCUGGGAGAUUUUUUUUCUUAAGUAAAUGCUAAAACUCAUAGCUCUUGACUUACUAUCUAUACAGUAUGUGGUAGUAAUAAUUACUUAAAAUCCCAUACUUCCAUCUUUAAGGUUACUCUACCAUAAAAAACUAAAUAUAGUUAAUUAUUUUUUAUUAUGAUUAAUGCUUUUUAUUAUUUUCAUGCAUUUAUACUCUGUGCCAAAUAGACACCACUGGUUUUAAUAGAUGUAAUAUUUUUUGAUGUUUUUUAAUCAGUCAACGGACAUUCCUUAGGACAAUUUUAUUAAGUAAGUUAUGUGGCCUAUGAAAUAACGAAAUAAAUCUUUGGAGUUUGUGAUGUUUUAAUUUACCCAUAACGUAUUUAUUGUUAAAAGUUUCUAUUCUUGAAUCAAUGUCUUGCACAAAUUUAUCACUGUAUCUUCCAUGAGUAUACUUAUUUUAUUGAAAUUAGUCUUUAGAUGCAUUUUAACCAACGUUUAUUCACGUAUGUCUAUAGUAAUGUGUCUAAACGAAUAAGUGUAGAAAAAUAUUUUGUCAUAUAUGUGGUUGUGUAUUAAAAAUUGUUACAUAA